AUGUUUGGAAGAGUUUCAGAAGAGAUGGAAGUGCAAGUUUCAGCCACUGAAGCAUGGGAACUCUACGGAACGCUUCGGCUGGCGAAACUUUGUGAAGAAGAGCUCUCUGAUAUCAUUCACAAAGUUGACAUUAUACAAGGUGAUGGAGGUGUUGGCACAAUUGUCAAACUAACAUUUCCACCAGGGACGCCGGUAUUUUCUUCUUACAAGGAGAAGUUUACGAAGAUUGAUAAUGAGAAGCGAGUGAAAGAAACGGAGGUGACAGAAGGAGCAUAUCUUGAAAUAGGAUUUACUCUGUAUAGGGUUCGCUUUGAAAUCAUAGAGAAAACCGAGAAUUCGUGCAUAAUCAAGACCACAGUCGAGUAUGAAAUCAAGGAAGAGGCUGCUGCUAAUGCUUCGCUCGUUAGUAUCCAGCCAUUGGUGAAACUUAUGGAAGCCUCCGCCAAUUCUCUCAUCAAAAACCAUAAGUAA